GUUAUUCAGCGUCGUCUUGGAGACGAUGACUCAUAAAUCUGGUGAGCAGGCGACCACUCAUCAUGUGCCGGGGAAACCUGGAGGUCUAGACGUCAAAGCUCUGAGAGCAUUCAGAGUCCUGCGGCCCCUCAGACUGGUUUCGGGAGUUCCCAGUCUGCAGAUUGUGUUGAACUCCAUCAUGAAGGCAAUGGUUCCUCUGCUCCACAUCGCUCUGCUGGUUCUCUUCGUCAUCAUCAUCUAUGCCAUCAUCGGUCUGGAGCUCUUCAUAGGACGCAUGCACAAGACCUGCUACCACAUAGGAACAGAUAAUUACGUGGAGGACGACCCGGUGCCGUGUGCGUUUGCGGGUCACGGUCGGCAGUGUAUGAUUAACGGCUCAGAGUGUCGGGGGAGGUGGGACGGUCCAAACGGAGGAAUCACCAACUUUGACAACUUCUUCUUCGCCAUGUUGACCGUGUUCCAGUGCAUCACGAUGGAGGGAUGGACUGACGUCCUCUACUGGAUGAAUGACGCCAUCGGGUUUGAGCUGCCCUGGGUUUAUUUCGUCAGUCUGGUGAUCUUUGGCUCAUUCUUCGUUCUCAACCUGGUUCUGGGAGUCCUCAGCGGACCGUUUGAUAUCUUCAUCCUGUUAGCCAUCUUUGCUAACUGUGUCGCUCUGGGAGUCUCCAAACCGUUUCCUGAGGACGACUCCAACUCCACCAACCACGACCUGGUGAGACCAAGUGCUAAAUGA